GGUUGGAACGUCGUGCCAUCCACUUCAUUAUUCUUAUCAGCAGAUUACCGAUCCAUAUUCAGAUACAUUUAACGUCCUUAUAUAGCAACUUCAGCAUCGCUGACAAAAGUUACCCUUUUUAGCUUCGAGUAAACUGGAUGCCUCAAGGAAAUGCCUCAUAAAUGGCUGAAGAACAUGGUUACUGGAACGAUUAAAUCCUGCCAAAUGCUCGUAUCCAAACUGGAACACAAGUGGGCUAACCGAUUUCCCUCUUCCUACCGGAAUUACAACUUAUUCAAAAACGGCAUACACAGCACUCUGCUGGAUGUGACUGAUUUGAUGCGCGUUUGGUCGAAACUUGCCACUUCAAACCUUCCGUUUGAGGAAACUUUACCGACAUUAACAAGGCGUGAGAUUUUCGUUCUUAGGCAAGUGCCGCGUGAUCUGUUUCGGAUUUCGCCGAUACUACUUUUGGCUCCGCUUCCGGGUACCAUACUCAUUUUGCCCGUUUUCUUCCUAUUUCCCCGCAUAUUUCUCAAUCGAUCUUUCUGGACACCCGAACAAAAGGACUCGUUCCGGUUGGAGAAGUUACGUUGUCGUCUCACACACCCUGCGCAAUAUGUACUUCAUAGCCUAAUAAGAAGUGUGUCGGCGUGUGAUUCCUCACACUCCCACUAUUUCCUGUCACAGUUAAAUGAACUGGAAUCAAUGUGCUCUCAGGUACUACACGGCAAUUGUGUAUCAGGAGAACAGCUCGACGGUGUUCGGCCUUUGUUUGACGAAUUGUUACGUCUGGACAAUCUUAGCAAAGCUCAUGUGUUCAAGCUUUGCGAAAUAAACGAUAUUCCAGUACGAAAAACACUAUCACUCUUCUACAAAUGGCCUUCACUGAGAACGUACCUCGAACUUGAUUACUUUCACGUCCGUCGAAUCCGUUUGCUGCAGGCCCAUUCAAUGAUUUUACAAGCUGAGGAUCGAUCUCUUUCAUCGUGUUUUGGUCACACUUGGCAGGAGGUGCAGGAACUGUGCUCCUUGCGAGGCAUACACACGGAGAAUCAGCUGACACCCGAUGCUGUGUAUAGACUUAAUCAGUGGAUCCACUUGAGUUUGACAACUCCACCUUCCAAUCAUUCGUUUCGCCUGCAUCUACCUGUGUUUUUGCACUAUAUUCCUCCCCAGCAACAAACAUGAGUCUUUUCACUACAAUCCAGCUUUCCAGUUAUUUCUGCAUUCGUAUGGGACUCCGUUGUGCUUCCAUGCCGGGCGUUUGAAACGCUUCGUCGUCCAUUUGGGCAUUUUCCUACAUCCCGGCGACCUUUUUUUCUCGUGUGCAUGAACAGACCAAUGCUGUUCAUAUUCUCAGUGAUUUGUAAGCUCCUCGUAACACAUCUGGUCAACGCAUGGCUUUCACUUUUAACCGCUUUGACCAAUUAACACGUUAGCUUCACGGUCACUUUCGGCGUUUCGAAUUUUGUUAUCUACGAGAGCGACAACCGUAGCACUACCUAGUCUGGAAACAGUGCCCUCAAACAAUAACUUUCUGCACAAGUCUACGAGAAGGACUAUCUUUUCAUGGUGGCUGUGCAAACUCGUAUUUCCUUAUUCAACCUACUGCGAUCAACAGUGUCGAAAUUGUCGCCUCUUAACGAUCCCUAUGCUGGAAUUUUUUAUUUACUUGGUUACCUACGGAGUUUUGUUGCACCUGAAGUACAGAAAAUUAACCGAUGUGCUUAAGAUUAGUAUGGGUUUGGAAGCGUUGUUUUUGUGUGUGGUGCUAGAAACCUGGAUGCCAAUAGCUGUGGUAACGCUGAUCAGUACGACUGUCUUCUGUGUGGAACGGACCGGAACACACUGUCAGAGAAAACCUCAUUAGUCAGUAUCAUAACAUGCUAUAGAUCGAUGUUGAUUUUUUACGAUUGGUUAUUUGGAGAGCCAUUCCGAUUCUUCUUCA